UCCUCGUUUUGAUAGAUUUCCGCAAAGUUUACAGACUGUUGCUUCCUCACAACAAUUCUGAGUUUCUUUAGCUUUUAAGACGUUUAAAACAUUAUAAAAAUGAGUGAAAUCAAACUAACCGAAUCAGCUCCAACUGAAGACAACGGAGAGGAGAAAGACUGGGCUGCUGCCAAAGCUUUUUUUGAUAACCUCAAAACAAACAAACCAAGACCUCCCAAACCCCGGUAUGCUGUCACCAUUGCCGUUUCCUCUCGCACCCUCUUCAACAUGGCGAAGGCGAGGAAGAUCUAUGAGGAUGAAGGAUUGGAGAAGUAUGUGGCUUAUCAGAUUGAGCAUGAAAGCGAGCCUCUGAUGCCUGGAGCUGCUUUCCCCUUCGUCCAGGCGCUGAUGAAUGUCAACUCUCGACUGAGGCAGCUCUACCCAGACAGCGAGGAGCUGUUUGACAUCGUCUUAAUGACUAACAACCAUGCCCAAGUCGGAGUGCGCCUCAUAAACAGCAUUAAUCACUACGAUUUGAGCAUAGAGAGAUUUUGUAUGACCGGAGGAGAAAGCCCUAUAGGCUACCUGAAGGCCUACAUGACCAACCUUUACCUCUCCAAGGACUCCGACAAAGUGACAGAGGCCAUAGAAGAAGGCAUCGCUGCAGCCACUAUGUUUACGGCGGACACGGAUAAUGAGCUGAGUAAGACUCAGCUGAGAGUGGCGUUUGAUGGCGACGCCGUCCUCUUCUCCGACGAGUCAGAGAUCAUCGUGAAGCAGCACGGCCUGGACACUUUCUUUGAGCACGAGAAGGAGUUUGAGAACAAGCCUCUCGCUCAGGGUCCCUUAAAGUGUUUCCUGGAGGCUCUGGGAAAGCUCCAGAGGAAAUUCAUCGCCAAGAACGAGCGCCUGAACUGUCCCAUCCGAACCUUCCUGGUGACGGCCCGCAGCGCCGCCAGCUCCGGGGCCCGCGUCCUGAAGACUCUCCGCAGCUGGGGGCUGGAGAUCGACGAGGCUCUCUUCCUGGCUGGGGCUCCUAAAGGGCCCCUGCUGGAGAAAAUCAAACCGCACAUCUUCUUCGACGACCAGAUGUUCCACAUUGAGGGGGCCCAGCAGAUGGGAACCAUAUCUGCACACGUCCCCUACGGGAUCGGACAGAAGUACCACAAGGGGAAACUCAUCGAGCAGCCCCCGAAAAAGGAAUAACCUAAAAACGGUUAGAAUGUUUAAUAUGCAAUACGUUAACACCUGCAUAUGAAGAGGUUUGCUUAAAAAGGAAGAAGAUUGCAUUCAGAAAAAAUCCGUUAAUUAGCCAAUUUAGGAGGAUUUGGGUAACUGAUAAUGCUGUCUUCAAAGUUUCCUACUUAAUGGGGUUUUAUCAAAUAUUUUUCAAAGUUUUCUUCAGGAUUGGGUAUUUUUUAUGAGUAUAGGAAUGUAGUUUCAAAGCAAUAGUUACACUACGUGCCACACACUGCUUCACCUAAUACUGUUUUGAAAGAGAAACACCAGUUUUAUUACCUAUUGAGGCCUUUUAGCCAUACUAUCUGUGUACCUGUUUACCUUUUGAGAGAACUUUUUCUCAUUUACAUAGUCAUUUUCUUUACACUUUUUUUAUACAAUAAACAUGUUUAUCUUAUUUAUCAUGGCCUUGGAUAUUUGACCUCGGUAUAUUCCGUUGGACCAGGGUAAUGCAUCUGCCUUAUGGUUGUUUUUAUUGCAUUUGAUCUUUCAAAAUCACUUUUUCUUUGUUACUGUUUUUGCUGUUGAUGCAAAUAUAAAACACUUUAUAUUUUUCCUCAGAAAUGUAUAUACUGUAACUUCACCCUCGACUAACUGUGGGUGUUUGCAGAUAGCAUUUGAUCUAUUUCAUAUUGGGAAAAUAUGUUAAUGUUUCUCAACUUAACCUCAUCAAGGAGUUUUAGAGUUACACUUGUUUGUUAAUGUUCAUUACAUACUGUAUCUGUUUACAUUUCCCAGUGCCAGAAAACUGGCAAUAGCCGGCAUUGAUUGUAUUCAUGUUCAGAAUAUCAGGAUUCCCCUUUUUCUAUACUCUAUUCUAUACUGUUUUCUAACUGUGCCUUUAACCUUAUCAGUAAGUAUAAUAAAGGCAUGUGGACGAAC